GUUGUUUUUUUUUUUUUUCCUCUCUUUCCAUGUACAAGGUUGUUGGAGUUGGACGGCAGUUCACAGUCAAAGGAGGUUUUAAGCAGGGUUUAGGCGGCCAUGGAAGAGUCUUCCGUUUCUCCUUCCUCAACCGCCAACCACGCAAACCCUAGCGACCACCGCCAUGUCCUCCCCCGAUCCACAGCCCUCCGAUUCUCCCUCCGGGACCGGCUCGGCGACCCUCGGGAGCGAAAAUCCCGGCGGAGCUGCGGAUCGUCCGGAGAGAAAUGGAGGAGAAGAAGGCGCGGAGGAAGGAGAUCAUGAAGAAGAAGAAGAAGAAGGGGAGGAAGGGGAGGAAAGGGAGUGCGGGUUCUGCUUGUUCAUGAAAGGCGGUGGGUGCAGGGACGCGUUCGUCGCGUGGGAGGUGUGCGUCCAGGACGCGGAGAAGAACGAGGAGGACCUCGUGGACAAGUGCUUCGACGCGACGGCGGCCCUGAGGAAGUGCAUGGACGCUCACUCCGAUUACUACGAGCCCAUCCUCCGCGCCGAGAAGGCCGUGGAGGAAGAGGUAGCGAGGGAAUUGGAGGAGGAGGAGGAGGAGGAGGAGGAGAAGAAGGAGAAGGAAUCGGAGGCAAAUUCUGUUGCCGGAUCGGAUGAUCCGGUGGAGGGAAUCACGCGUUCCGAGGAUUCGAGCCAGCGAGAUGAGAUGACGGGGCAGGCGAGACCCCUCAAACGAGUCUAAUGGUAGAUGAAAAGAGAUGACUUUUGGCCUUGUUUGUACUGCAUUUUUGUCUCAAUGGUUAGCCAUGAUUGUGGAACUGGAGGUCAUUCUUUAUAUUGAGGUUAUUCGUAUAUGUUUAGGAGAAUUUGAUGGGGGAGAGUAGGAAGAGAUGAAAAUCGAAGACAAUUGUUCUUGUCUCGUGCACUCAUAGACUAAAAUCUUCCAUGAAUAAAUGCAAAUUUGAGCUGCCAGAUCCACUUCAGCGACUCAUCAUAUUUCUCGGCA